AUGAAGUUUCCGGAGUUUGCAGUCUCCUCAUUUUUGAUCUUUAUCCUGCUACAUGCAGCCACUGGAAAGCCGUAUAAUCAAUCAUCCCGAGAGCAGUACAACAUUCUCCAUUACUUAGCUGCUAAUGGACCGUACGUUGAUUUCAGUGGGUUCGGAAUAGACAGUGAUGUUCCAUUUGGAUGUGAAGUCACACAAGUCCAGAUUUUGAUGAGACAUGGCGAGCGAUUCCCGACUAUUGGUGCUGGUAAAGAGCUUUGUAGUCUCUAUAAAAAGCUUACGAGUGCUGAUAUCAGCGAAUACAAAGGUCCGUUAGGGUUCGUCAAAGACUGGAAGUACGCCUUCCCAGAGAAAGACCUGGAAAUGGAGUCAACAGUUGGUGUAUAUGCCGGUUUGAAGAGGUGUCAUCUCGAAGGGGAGAGAUUCAAUCAGAAGUACGGGCAUUUGUGGGGUGGAAAAGCCAAGCUGCCAGUUUUCGCAGCCGGUCAGACCAGGGUAGUUGAUAGUGCAAAAGCUUUCAUUAGGGGAUUUGUGGGAGAAAGUCGACUGUUCAAGGCUCAGGUUGUGGUUAUUCCGGAGAAUUCAGAGCAGGGGGCGAAUACUUUGACAUCCCGUGCUGCCUGUGUCAAUGCAGAUGACUCUGCCAACGAGGACUACAUUGCCAGGUUUGAUACGUCCUAUCUCGAACGGGAAGCUAGGAGACUGAACAGUCUCUCUCCUGGAUAUGACCUUAGCGCUGAAGAUGUUGCCAGCUUAGUGAGGUCGUGUGCUUUUGAACUCAAUGUACAGGGUAAUUCUUCGAUCUGCGGGGUGCUCAGUUCAGACGUGUAUGCAGGGUUUUCCUAUCAAAGAGACUUAUAUCUUUACUACAACAAGGGACCUGGUUACAACAUGUCCAAUGCUCUGGGAUCAUUGUUUGUUAAUGCAUCGAUUGCUCUGUUGAACCAAAAGGAUGGUGUGAAUUCCGACGGUAUCAAUGGCUAUGAGCAAAAAAUCUUCAUGAGCUUUUCGCACGAUACGGAUAUCAUUUCAAUCGCCUCUGCAUUUGGCUUGUAUGAAGGUCAGGAUAGUCUACCAGUGGACAGGAUUGAGUUCCAGAGAAGUUUCAAAGUGAGCGAUCUAGUUCCAAUGGCAGGCCAUUUGGUUCUUGAGAGACUGAUGUGUGGAAAAAAUGAGUAUGUCCGAAUCAUAAUGAACGAAUCUGUCUACCCGUUGCCUUGGUGUCAGACGGGACCAGGCUUCAGCUGUCCCUUGGAGCUUUUCACUGAGCAUCUGCAGGAGAUGGUGGAUAACAAUGACUACACAAAACUGUGCGAACAGUCCAAAGGACCACAGAAACUCACUUUCUUUUGGGACUGGGAAACUGCAGGGUAUAGGGUCAUUGAGUUAGGGGAGAGUAUGAACGAACAAUUGGACAGUUCUUUUUACUGGAACGCACUUGGUUAG